GCCAAUUUCAGUCGUMUUCAGGAGAUAAGGUUUCUUCUCUCCUCAUCCUUCUUUCCUUUUCCCUUCUCUUGUUUCACUAACUUGUGUGGUUCACUUUCUCCCUAACAAGAUUUAAUGAAAACUCUCUUGGGUUUUCAUUCUUAAACUUCCCUUGUAAACCCUAAUCGACAUCUCCCCAAAUGUCUGCUCUUCAAGCUUUUCUCAUCUGUAAACCCCCUCUAAUCUCUAAUCUUGCGCCUCACUCACCACGCCUUCAAUUUCACCCUGUUCCUUCUUUCAAUUUGGGUUCUCUUUCUUCACCAAUUUAUCGCAAGAAGUCUCGCCUUUUCUGCACAUUGCAUCAAGAUAAUGUCGAUUCCAAUUCGGAUUUAGCUUCCUCGAGUGUUGAUAAUCAUAAUCUUGUACCGGAGUCGGAGCAUGAGUCUCAGGCGCGAGUUGUUGACUUUCGAGAGGGUGAAGUCUCUGAUAGUGGAGUCCAUUUGAAUGAAGUUGAGGGUGAGAUAAAUGGUCAAGUUAAGGAGGUGGAGGGUUCUAAAGGGAAAUUACCAUUGUUUGUGUUUUUGAUGGGAUUUUUCGCAAGGAUGAAGACGGGAUUUCAGAAAAUGUUGUUAUCGGAUGGCUUUAGUUGGUGGCCUUUUUGGCGGCAAGAGAAGCGGUUAGAGCUGUUGAUUUCUGAAGCAGACUCCAAUCCAAAAGAUGCUGUGAAACAGAGUGCUUUGUUGGUCGAGCUCAAUAAACACAGUCCCGAGUUGGUCAUAAGGCGUUUUGAGCAAAGGCAAUACGCUGUAGACAGUAAAGGAGUCGCAGAAUAUAUUCGAGCUCUGGUAGCAACUAAUGCCAUUGCUGAAUAUCUUCCGGAUGAGCAAUCUGGAAAGCCUUCCAGUCUUCCUGCUCUAUUACAAGAACUGAAGCAACGGGCGUCAGGGAACUUAGAUGAGUCCUUUUUGAAUCCUGGCAUAUCGGAGAGGCAGCCAUUGCAUGUAAUGAUGGUUGAUCCAAAAGUGUCAAAUAGAUCAUCACGUUUUGCACAGGAGCUCAUCUCGACGAUCUUAUUCACUGUUGCUAUUGGCUUAAUGUGGGUAAUGGGCGCUGCUGCACUUCAGAAGUAUAUUGGUGGCUUAGGGGGUAUCGGAGCUUCUGGUGUAGGCUCUAGUUCUUCUUACACCCCUAAAGAUUCAAAUAAAGAAAUAUCGCCUGAGAAGAAUGUAAAAACAUUUAAGGAUGUUAAAGGUUGUGAUGAUGCCAAGCAAGAGCUUGAGGAAGUGGUAGAGUACCUCAAAAAUCCAGGGAAGUUUACUCGACUUGGUGGGAAGUUACCAAAGGGGAUCCUUUUGACUGGGGCACCUGGAACAGGGAAAACAUUGCUUGCCAAGGCAAUUGCUGGAGAAGCUGGGGUUCCUUUUUUCUAUAGAGCAGGCUCUGAGUUUGAGGAAAUGUUUGUCGGUGUUGGUGCUCGGAGAGUAAGAUCCUUGUUUCAAGCAGCAAAGAAGAAGGCUCCAUGCAUCAUUUUUAUCGAUGAGAUAGAUGCUGUUGGAUCGACCCGAAAGCAGUGGGAAGGUCAUACAAAGAAAACUUUGCAUCAACUGCUCGUGGAAAUGGACGGGUUUGAACAAAAUGAGGGCAUAAUUUUGAUGGCUGCAACGAACUUGCCGGAUAUUCUUGAUCCAGCAUUAACAAGACCCGGUAGAUUUGAUAGGCAUAUUGUCGUUCCAAAUCCAGACGUGAAGGGUCGCCAAGAGAUUUUAGAUCUAUAUUUACAGGACAAACCCCUUGCUGAGGAUGUUGAUGUGAAGGCAAUUGCACGUGGUACCCCAGGGUUCAAUGGUGCCGAUUUGGCAAAUUUGGUCAAUGUUGCUGCCAUUAAGGCUGCUGUUGAAGGUGCUGAAAAAUUGAAUGCAGCACAGCUCGAGUUUGCAAAGGACAGAAUAAUUAUGGGUACAGAGCGCAAGGCUAUGUUCAUAUCCGAAGAGUCGAAAAAGCUGACUGCUUAUCACGAGAGUGGUCACGCAAUUGUUGCCUUGAAUACGGAUGGUGCCCAUCCAAUUCACAAGGCAACAAUCAUGCCGCGUGGAUCUGCUUUGGGAAUGGUCACACAACUCCCUUCAAAUGAUGAAACAUCCGUAAGCAAGAAGCAACUAUUGGCUCGCCUUGAUGUUUGCAUGGGUGGACGAGUUGCAGAAGAACUUAUCUUUGGUCGUGACCAUAUUACGACUGGUGCUAGCAGCGAUCUUCAGUCCGCUACAGAACUUGCUCAAUAUAUGGUAUCAUCUUGCGGCAUGAGUGACGUGAUUGGACCGGUUCAUAUUAAAGAGCGGCCAGGCUCGGAGAUGCAAUCACGUAUCGACGCUGAAGUUGUCAAACUCCUAAAAGAAGCCUAUGAACGUGUGAGAUCCUUGCUGAGGAAGCAUGAGAAGUCUUUGCAUGCGUUGGCAAAUGCACUGCUGGAGUACGAGACAUUAAACGCAGAAGAAAUAAAGCGGAUUCUUGUUCCCUAUGAAGGAGGACAAGGACUUGUAGGUGUUCAAGAACUGCAACAAGAGGAAGGAGAGCUUGUUUUGGCAUAAUAGUUAGUAACAACAGGUAUUUUUGUGUAAUUUUCUCAACUGUAAUGGGGGACUAUGUACAGUGUUGUAUACAAAGCAGUAGAACCAAAUUAUUUAUACCAAGAUGUUGCAAUUCUUUCCCCAUCACCAUUGGGAUUCA